AUGUCAAAUGAAACAGCGUCUAUGAGAGAAAUACAACACAACCGACAACUCAUUAUGCAAGCUCUAAAUAAGAACACAACAAACUUUUCAAACUAUUCUAAGAUAUCUGAGUCAUUGAAAGAAGGAAACUUAAAACUGACAAUAAACCCAAUGACAGAUGAGUUUCUAUUUCAAGACAAUAAGAACAAUACUGUCUGUAUAAAUCCAACAAAAGGAACUUUAAACGAGAAAC